AUGGAGGACGUGGUCGGAGAGCUGAAUGAGCUUUUCGCUACCCCUGAUGGACUUCCCAAGGAUGUCCUGGCGGAGCUGCAGUCCAUUCUGCGUGUACACUCCAUCUCCCCGCAGGAGCUGUUUUACAAAUGGGAGUCUUAUUGUUUGAAGAUGGGCGCGGAGGAGACCAAAUUGAACUUGAACACGGUUCGGCUGUUCAAGCGAGAUGUACAGGAAAGUCUAGAGCGCGAAAGUCGAAGCAAGACAGGACGACAGGUGGAGAACAGAAGAAAUACGACAGCGACCCCGAGGGCUAAUACGGCCUCUGAUGUAUUUGGCAUGUUAGACGGCCUGUCUCCAAAUACACCCCAUGGUCGAAGCCCGAAUACUGCCAAUGGCUCAACGAAGCGGAAGUUCGAUUUCGCAUCGCCGUCUACGUCCAAGGUUGGAAAAGCGGCCAACCAGGAAUCCCCGAUUGGUGCCAAAACUCCCAGGAAAAUGACGAACAGCGGGACUGGAGUUGAUGGAUUACAGUCGGUCCCGUUCGCGGAACGUCAAAAUCCCGGGCAAGUUCUCGAAACCCUUAACCCUCAGUUAUCAAUGCCAGACACGCCCAUAGCGCCUUUCCCCGAAGCUCGGAUAAAGCCCACGGCGAAUACGGAUCUGAAGAAAUUCGGUUACAAACCCAUGGCAAUGCGGCAGUCGGAGGCGUCUGAGAUUCUAGACGAUCGAAUCGACGAGUUCAUGGCGUUGUUUCAGAAACAAUACGAGACUGAGAAAGUUCAGUUUGGCAGCGCGGCUAUCCAGAGCACAAGCGAAAUCGUUGCUGUUGGGCGAAUCGCAUCAGACAGCUUAGAAGGGAAGCUCAACCCGGCGUCCCUUGUGCUGGAAACCUCAAGACGAACGGGAGCCGGCUUGCGGGUUCCGUUGAAAAUCGACUCGCUACCGUCAGUCAACUUCAUCCCCGGCCAGAUUGUUGCUCUCCGAGGCAUCAAUGCCUCGGGAAGUUACUUCUCAGUCAAGGAAGUACUCUCAAUGCCGCUCCUACCCCCAGCUGCAUCGUCCGUUGUGGCGCUGGAUAACACCAACGAACGCCUCGAAGGGUUUGGACCGUCGCCACUAAAUAUCCUAAUCACUUCGGGACCAUAUACGGCGGAUGACAACCUAGAAUUUGAAGCGUUGCAUGAAAUUUGCCAGAAGGCGGCCGACCGGUACGCAGAUGGAGUCAUACUGAUGGGGCCAUUCCUGGACAUCGAACAUCCGCUGCUGGCAUCGGGGGAUUUCGAACUCCCAGAAAGUAGCGGAAUCGAUCCGGACACAGCGACUCUAACGACUGUGUUUCGGCAUUGCAUUUCGACCCCACUACAGCGUCUCACAGCGGCAGUGCCUAGCAUCACCAUUGUUCUGGUGCCGUCGGUUCGGGAUGCGGUGAGCAAACACGUCUCCUGGCCGCAGGAGCAGCUGCCGAAAAAGGAGCUCGGACUACCCAAGCAAGUGCGCAUGGUGUCUAACCCAGUCACGCUGUCCUUGAACGAAACGGUAAUUGGCAUGGGCUCGCACGAUGUGCUGUACGAACUGCGCAAGGAAGAGGUACUCCACGGACGACCCAAGGAAGGCAAUCUGCUCACGCGACUGCCGAACUAUCUUAUCGAGCAACGGCACUUUCUUCCAAUAUUCCCGCCGUCGUCGCGCGUUUCGCUCCCCAGACCGGGGACCGAGGACGGCAUAGCAACGGGGGCGAUGCUGGACGUCAGCUACAUGAAGCUGGGCGAAUGGUGGAACGUGCGGCCGGACGUGCUGAUCACACCGAGCAUGCUUCCUCCUUUUGUUGUUAAUAGCGUUCUCGUCAUCAAUCCCGGCACGCUAUCCAAGCGGCGCGCAGCGGGCACCUACGCACAGAUGGCGAUCCACCGACGCGAAAUCGACGAGGAAGAGCGCGAACAGAAACAGCUGGGACAUAAGUUGUAUGAACGGGCUCGAGUAGACAUAAUGCGGAUAUAA